AUGCUCGCAUCAAAAUCCAGCGCGCUUUGGGCCUCCGUGUCUGCGCCCAAGACACUUGUUCGUACGGCCGCAAAACUUACUUCUUACUCAGUGGCCUCGACUAUCGAAACAACAACCCCCGUGCUCAACCACACUCCUGAGGCUGCGCACAUGCGCAAGCUGCUUCCUGAGCGUACAGGUCUUCUUGCUCGCAAGGUCGGCAUGAUCACUUGGUUCAACACUUUUGACGAAAAGGCGACUGCUGCAAAUAGCCGGCCUGCAGGUGGUGCCGCUGCUGCUGCUGCAAAGUCUGGCAAGGCAACUAAGAAGAGUCUUUCUGAUGCUGCUGAUGCUGCUGAUGCUGCUGCUGCCGAGAAAGACAGUAUACCCCAGGAAAUUGUCGAAGGCCUUAAAUCCUUGAUUUCCCAGGACAUUAUUGGCGGUGGUCCCGGUCAAAUGUUCCCCUGCACCGUACUUGAGGUGGAUCGGUGCCAGGUGACUCAUAUCAAGACUCUGGCCAAGGAUGGCUAUUGUGCUGUUCAGGUUGGCAUUUCCGAUGUUGGUGUGCCCGGAUCUCCCAACAAUGAGGCAUACAUUCGCCGCAAGUUCACACGCGCUCAGCUUGGCCAUUUUGCACGCGCUGAGGUCGCCCCCAAGAAUGAUGUUGCUGAAUUUCUCGUCAAGAAUGAUGCGGCUGCUACUUCUCUUCCACUCGGAACUCUCCUCGAUGCUGACCACUUUGCUCCAGGCCAGUACGUGGAUCUUAAGAGCGUAUCCAAGGGUAAGGGCUUUCAGGGUGUCAUGAAACGACACGGCUUUCACGGUAUGAGUGCAUCACACGGUAACUCGCUGUCGCACAGAAGUGCGGGUUCCACCGGUAUGAACCAGGAUCCUGGAAGAGUUCUUCCUGGCAAGAAGAUGCCUGGCCAUAUGGGGUUCAAGAAUGUGACGAUUCAAAACACACUUGUUAUUGGUGUUGACAAGGAACGUGGCUACAUCCUGGUUAAGGGUCCUGUCGCCGGCCCCAACGGCGCUGUUGUCAAGAUUUCAGAUGCAAAGAAGAAGCUUCCUGAGUACCUUGGCUUGAAUUAA